AUGUUUGUACUCAAGAAGUUUUUCAAUGGCUCUGAUGCAACAGUCGAGGCCGUCUCCAAGGUUGUGCCGGUGUCAAACGAACCUGCAACAUGCGAUGCUUCCGAGUGUCACACCCGUUACUCUGAAUCUUGUUUCAAACUCUCGCCCGCUGCUGUCGCUACGCCACUUUGGGAGAGUGCCAAAGCUCCUGACUUGCAUGUUUUGGUAUCCACAGGGAAAACCGAUUGGAGCCACGAUGCGUUUGACGCCCCAAACACUGUGUUGGCCAAAAUAUCUCAGACUGUCAAUGGCGUAAUAUCCAAAAAAUUCAACAUCUCGACAAAGAUCAACACUACUUCCUUGGCAUUAAACACUAAUGAAUUCGAGGCUUACAGCAAACAGGAGAAAUGCGACGUGCUGCUCCUGCCAUAUUUCGUGUGGUGCAAGGGGAUUACCAUAGAAAAUUGUGAAGAUGUUCUGACAGAAAAGAAUUCGAUUCCCAGCUCCGUGAGCUGGAGCUAUAUCGAGAUCCAGGAGAUGACAGACCCGGUGGGGUUCCAGUGA